UUUUUGGACGUUAGGGUCGGAGGGUCAUAUCAUUCAAUGUCAAUGUGUCCGAUAAGUAGUAUCUUGGUCCGGUUUCGGAGUGUUUUCGUUUGUGGAUGUGGAUUUAGACCUAAAAACUUCCUUGAAAAAGGUCGAAGACGAGAAUCGACCCGGGACCUCUCUAGUAAUUGCGCGAACUACCACUCUACAUCACCAUCUAUCUCGCUUCUCUGGAAGACAAUUUCCCGUCGCUGUUCAAUCUCAAUGUAAUCGUGAACAGGGACAAAUUGGAACAUUGCCAAGAGACUGUUGUCAGAUUUCAAGUUAUAGCGACGGAAGCAAUUGAAAAUUGAGGCUCACACCAAGAUAUGGGGACUAAAGUCAAAUUUCUCGUGGUCGACCCUUCUGACGGGGAUGAGACUCCGGAAUCCCUUGGCUCUAGGGACGCCGCAUUCAGGAGAACAAAUCUGCAACGGACAAAGUCCCGAAGUGUUGAGUGCAUGAAAAAUCUCGAAGGUCGCCAAACUACUCGCAAAGGCCUUUUGAAAUCUUAUCAGGAAGACGAAGAUAAUUUGGGAUCCGAACGGAGCGUCGACUCCUUUGGCGAACGGCAGUUGUCAAGAUCCAAGAGGAGUCAAUCCUAUUACGGAACAAGGCACCACAAUGUUUACAUUCCAAGAGAAGGUUCCAGUGGAAACAUAUCAGCUCUCCGUGGCCACACCCACCUCACUUCAAACAGAUGUUGCAGCACGCCCCCAGGGGGGUUUAAAGCUAGCAUGGCCAGCAUCCACGGUGGGGGACAGUUGGGACGGCUGUACGAAAGCAUUGACAUUAGCCCGAGGCAACAAAGCGACGAGAGUCUCAUCAUCGACACUCAAAGACAACAGGAAAAACAAUGGAUGAACCAAACCCGGAUUAGAGAAGAGAUGACCAUUUUGAACAACAUCAAGAAACGGGAACUUAUAGAGAUGAAGAAAAAAGAGUCAAAGAUCCCACCCAUUAUAGAACGUGAAGAGCCAAAUUCGUCUGAGCCCAAGAGUAUCCUUAGUGGACUUUUAUCAAGCCGAUCCAUCCUCUUGGCCCCAACUGCAGCUUCGCUACUUCAUCCCACAUCCGGACCACGUUCCCGCCAAUCGUCUAUGUGUGAAAAAGAUAGGUUGGAAAAUUGGGUUCCUACUCCCAUGCCAAAAUCUGAAGGACGUCCUUUGAUACGGCGGCUUGCCGAAGCCAAACUAGUGGUUGUUGACUCACCGUUGCCCAGCGUCGAUUAUUUGCGCUGUCAAUUCAAUAAGGAAUGUUGCGAGUGGCACAAUAUAUAUAGAGCUCAGCAUUACGCCGCACCAUUAGUCUUGGAUGAGGAGUUGUGUGAAUCGGCGCAAUAUUGGGCUAACAUAUUGGCGCACAAAGACGAGUUUUACCAUCAGAACCCGCCAGACAUCGGUGAGAACCUUUUUGCUUGGCCAAUACCGAUUAUUGCUGAGACAAACCUGAUGAAAAGUGGACCGGAUAUUACGGGGAAAGACGUGGCAGUUUUCUGGUAUAAGAAGUUGAAAGAUUACUACUUUUUGAAAUCGCCAGAAGUGCUCCAUGCUCAUGCAGCGCAAUUUUCACAAAUGGUGUGGGCAUCAAGUAAGUUGUUUGGAUGUGGAAAGGCACGUUCUAAAUCCGGAAAGCUCCUCGUUGUGGCUCAUUAUUAUCCAAAAGGGAACAUUCCACAAAAGUUUCAUACCAACGUUUUUCCCCCGAUGGAAGAUUCUUCCGAGGAUAGCAAAAGCGAACCGAGCUCGAUAAACAGUAACAAAUAAAAUGAUUUGACCUCGUC